AGAGCGGCCGUACGUCGCUUCUAUCUAUUUAAAGCUUCUCGUGAUCGAGCUUUGUAUAUCGUAUUUAUUAUGAAGUGUUAUCAGUUUUCUCUAUAAGUUAAUUAACUACAAAUGCGAUUAAUUCAGUGUCAGUGAUUAUAGUGUAUGUACAUUUUGCUGUGUAAUUCUUAGUUAAACCGCUAACGGUUAAAGUUGUGUCAGUAUCGUCUAUUUUAACUAAGUUCGUGAUUGUGUUUAUGUCAAUGGACGGGAUGUCUCAAAGAGUUUAGUUUCUCGCAACGUAAACAGGAGCGGCUUGGCGCGGCGUAGCGGGUGGGCCGCGCCAUGGGUAACAAGUGCUGCAGCCGCCGUCACGACCCUGACCGACCCUUGGUAUACCCAGCUUACAAGAAGAACGAGGCUGGUUUCACAACAUGCCCGUCACUGGAGACGCGGUACACUGGCGAGCCCAACAACCGCGCGGUCACACGCCGACCAGCAGACAUCGUGCGCACAAGAAAUCCUGGAGCGUGUAUAUCAAACGGUGGACGUCGUGUAGUCAAAGCACUAUGUGCGUAUACAGCCCGAGCAGAAUCCGACAUCUCCUUUCGGAAAGGAGAUCGUAUGGAGGUGCUAAGCGACGCAGAGCCCGAUUGGUGGAGGGUUUUGCACCUUUCAACCAGGCGAGAAGGAUUAGUACCAGCUAACUUCGUCGCAGAGGAAAGUUCGGUGGAGUGUGAAGAUUGGUUUUUCCCACACGUAUCGAGGAAGGAGGCUGAUAAACUUCUCCUAGCCGAAAUCAACCCUCGAGGAACUUUCCUCGUGAGACCGGCGGAGCAUAACCCUCACGGUUUCAGCCUUAGUGUCAAGGAUUGGGAGGAAGGACGAGGAUACCAUGUGAAACAUUAUAAAAUUAAACCGCUGGAUAAUGGAGGAUUUUAUAUUGCGACGAAUCAAACAUUCCCAAGUCUACCUGCACUGGUUAUGUCCUAUACGAAGAAUGCGCUAGGCCUCUGUCACGUUCUCGCCCGACCUUGCCCCAAACCCGAGCCCCAAAUGUGGGACCUUGGACCUGAGCUAAGGGACAAAUGGGAGAUACCUAGAACUCAGAUACAGCUGAUCAAAAAACUUGGCCAAGGGAACUUCGGAGAAGUGUAUUACGGGAAGUGGUGUAACAAUAUUGAGGUUGCCGUAAAAACGCUAAGAGAAGGCACGAUGUCCAAACAGGCCUUCCUCCAAGAAGCCGCCAUCAUGAAGAAAUUCCGUCACAAACGCCUAGUCGCUCUAUAUGCCGUGUGUUCACAACAGGAACCUGUAUACAUCGUGCAAGAGUAUAUGUGCAAAGGCUCCCUACUGGAAUUUCUAAGGAAUGGGGAAGGAAAGGCCCUCCAUUUUGAGGACUUAGUCUACGUAGCAGCUCAAGUGGCUAGCGGAAUGGAGUACCUCGAAUCAAAACUCUUAAUACACAGGGACUUAGCAGCAAGAAACGUGUUGAUAGGUGAAAAUAACGUUGCGAAAAUAUGCGACUUCGGACUUGCUAGAGUGAUCGAAGACAACGAAUACUGUCCAAAACAGGGUUCCAGAUUCCCCGUGAAAUGGACGGCUCCUGAGGCAAUAAUAUACGGACGUUUCUCUAUAAAAAGUGACGUUUGGUCAUACGGAAUAUUAUUAAUGGAGUUGUUCACAUAUGGACAGAUUCCGUAUCCAGGGUUGCAUGGGAAGGAAGUUAUAGAACAAGUCGAAAGGGGUUAUAGAAUGCCAAAGCCCGUUGGCCAUUACCUGCCGGAUGACAUCUAUAGACUGAUGCUUCAAUGCUGGGACGCGAUACCAGAGAAAAGGCCAACCUUCGAAUUCCUUAACCACUAUUUCGAAUCUUUCACAGUAACGAGUGAGAUACCUUAUAGAGAAGUGCAAGACUAGUGCUGUGAUAUAGUGAAAUAGGUUUUUUACACUUCGAAUUAUGACACGCUGUGCGUUUAAGUGAAAGUGAUGAGCCCGUAUUCUUUUCAAAUUUGGAACUGUAGACGGUUAUAGCUGAACAUUUCUUUGCUGUUCGGAAGUUGUAUGCUGCAUCGCAAUUACAGUCUAUUCGAGUUAAGAAAAUGGUGACGUAUUGUCAGAUCUGACUGACCAAUUAGCUGACGGUAAAACAUUUGAUUUGUCACCUAUAUGAUAUCAACUAUUUGUUUUCAGAUUUACUCUCUGUCCUAAGAUUACUAUAUGUACCAUUUUCUCUACCUAUUUCUAUGAGAUAAGGCGAGCAAAUGGGUACACAUAAUAAUUUACUGAAAGUUAAGAAUUCUUGAUUAGAUGAAGUCAGUUUUGCUAUUAACGUUCAUUGGUCAGUUUUGAAUAUAUAAAGGUAAAUCAAUGGCACCGGUUUACAUAUACUAACCGAAGUGUGUUGUUGGAUUGGUCAAUAACUUUUCUACGUGCCCUUAACUUUAUGCAUAUUCCUUGCUCUGAGAACUUGUGAAGCCAACAUAAUAAUAAAUUAUCCUCAAGUUAAUUGGAUGAUUAUGUCUGAGUUAUAAUUCUAAGCUUGAGUUAUUUGUGAAUUCUUGAAUUAUCCGGUGAAUUGAUCUAGCAUGAAAAAAUGCUGCAAACAUGCAAGUAUGUUCACCGGUCAGUUUUAUUGACAGCACAGUUUUCAAUUUGUGGUCAGCUAGCUAUUUUCUUAAACCGAAUGUACUAUUACUGAAACGAAUAAAUAGUGUUACAUGUAAAAUUUAAAAAAAAGGUACUAAAACGACGAUAAUCGGAUGUUUAGCAGUCCGCAAGUAUUGGUGUGUGCAUGAACAACGUAAGAUUUUAAAAUUGUGUAGGGUCCUUAGCGAAUAAACGGAAAAAUAACAAGUGUGUGUGUUGAAAAACUUGCAAAAUUACCAGAGACAUCUUUACAUCAUUAUUUUAAUAAAAGUAGUUGUUUACCCAAAAUGAAAAAUUUAUCAAACCGCUUUACCAGUUUAACUUUGUGACCGUGAUAAAUUUACUUGGUUAUUUCAUUCUGUCUUCCAAUAAAGAGGCCUUUAAACAAGCAUAAGUUUAAUAAUUUAAAUAAAACGUAAAAAUUUACUGUCCCUGUUUAAAGUGUCAAAAUGCAUUUCUUACGUACACCUCCAUUUUUAGUUUCAAUAAAUGUUUGUUAGUAGAGAUUGAGCAAAGCACACACACUGUUAUAAUUUCUAUUUUAGUAUUUUUAUACUCAAAGCGUUACUAAACUAUACAGGAAAGUGUGAGCUUGUCAUUUUUAUUCCCGGCUUUUCGUAUAAUUUGUAGGUAUGAAGAAUUCUUUUGACGGAUGUAAAAAAUAUGUAUUAAGACGACGAAACUCACAUGGAGAUAAUUUAAGUUCACAGAGAAGUAAUUUAAGUGACUGUACACCUCUUCUUAUCAGAUGCGAAAUUUCGAAUGAUAUUGCCAGUAAAGAAUUCCAGCGGAUAACUCAUUAAUCCGUAUAACCAUCAGUAUAAGAUUCCUAAUAAGCUCGUUUUUAUUGCAGGCGCAUAUAUCCGCCAUUAUUUAUGCGUCCUAAUGUCAAAUGAGUGAGCUCACUCAUAAUAUUAUCUAAUCCGAUGUCAAAGUUAGGUAUUGUGAGUAUCCGUUAAACGUACCCAUAUUGUUAUGACCAUUAACAACAUAAUCGUUACAUCACUUAGUUUGCUCACUCAGUAAUUAAAAUGAGUGAGCUCACUCAUUUUAAUUUAUACAUAUCUUGUAAAUGUGCAGUUGUGAGGGCUUAAAUUAACCAAUACCAUAUUUACGGAUACUUGGUCAAUCCUGUUAAACAUCGGUAGAAGAUCCCUAUUAGGCCGCACAUUCUUAAUGUAGCCGCGAAUAUCGGUCAAUAUUGGCGCUCAUGUAUGCCAAACGAGUGAGCUCACUCAUUUAAAUUUACGCAGUGGGAAGUUCUAAGGAAUUGUGCAAAAUCGUUAGAUUUUAAUAAUUGGCCGAUACAAUAUUACAAAUUCCGCACCUUUUGGUAGAGGUUUGUAGUUUUUGUGCAAACACCUAUUUUCUUAUUUAUUAGCUGUAGCUUAAGCAUAUUUAGUUAUUAAUUUGCAUUUGUACAAAAUUGUUCACUAUUGAUUAAGCAAUAAAGUUAAAAGUCAAAAUUAAUCGUAAGAAUAUUUUCAUAUUAUCCAAUCUGACAUCGGAUUAUAAAUAUGUUAUAUGUUCUCGUUACACUUACCAAUACCGCUUUGAACACGAAUGAUAUUAUAGUUAACGAUAAUAAUAAUAACGUAACGAUAAUAGUAACUUAUAUCAGAUCGGAUAAAGUAAAAACGCUCUUAUGCAAUAUUUUCAUAUUCUAAAUUGAGAUGUGAUAUUUUUUAUCACGUUAAAUUUCAUAUAACAUUCUUCACACGCUUCGUAAAUUUUCCUUUGUUUUUAUUUUGAAUGGUGCUAGCACAGGUAGUCGGCCUCAAUAUUUCUGAUUACUUUUAACCAAAGUUGAGAUCUCUAUACAAACAUAAUUAAAUAUAAGGAUUAAAAAAAUCUGAUAAAUAUUUAGAGUAAGA